CAUCAUCUUGUGGUCAAUUCGGGGAGGUAAAAGAUGUCGACUGUCGAAGACUUUAUAGAAGGGGAAAAUAAUGUGAAAGAGGAAGAAAGAGAAGAAGGAGAAUCAAAUCAAGAUGAAGGAAAAGUGAUUGCAUUGGCCGCCGAACUUGCAUCAAGACAAGCGGCAGCCGCUGCAAAUCGACAAACAUUGUAUAAAGCCACAUCCGAUAUAACAACACAAGAUGAAGAUGAGCCGGAAAUUCAACAAAGCCGGAAUAACUUAUCGCCACAACAUUCGCCCACUUUGCGAAGAGCAAGAUUAUCGUCCAACAAAAGAGCACCACUACGGAUAUCAGAUGAUGCACCUCGGAUAGAUGAAGAGGCAAUCAAAAAAAUGACUGAAGAAAGGGUGGAAGAGAUCGGAGAUCAGGACACAAAUAAUGAACAAGAUGGACCUACCAGCCCUUCGUCCGGUAAUAAUAUGGUGCGCUCCUUGUCGAAUCGAAGUGGAAUUUCUCAGUCAAGCAAUGCGGAACCUUCACGAAAAAGAAUGACAGUUGUUAUGGAUGAAGAGAUGCCUGAUCAAGAAGAUGACAAUUCUACUGUCACAGGCGACGAAGAUGCAGAAAGCAUUGAUCCGACAGAGCAUGGGAUAGAAUCAAAAAUCUCCAAUACGGGAGAGGAUGGGAUACCUGAAAUCGGAGAGCGGGAUGCAGACGUCGGAGAGGGAGGAGGGACAGAACGAGAAGUUGAAGAACCUAUACAAGAGCUUGGGCAGAAAGGAACCGCGGGUAUGAUAGACCUCAGCCAAAGUCUGGCCACUUUGAGAGCAGGACGACAAGCUGACGAAAGUCAAAUAGACGAUGACAUAGCUCGUGGAGAGCAAAAGUCAACUCACGAAACAGACGAAGAAACGGAGGAAGAAGAGGAGGAAGAGGAAGAGCCGUCGUUGAAAUACUCACGUCUAAGAGGUAGCGUUCCCGAUAUGUUCAAAAGGGAUUCUGCAAGUGCUUUGGCUGUUUCGGACAGAUUUCUAGCCUUAGGUAUGCAUAGUGGAUCAAUAUACGUUCUUGACGAGCAAGGCAACUUGAUUAAAGGAUUCAGAACACAUUCUGCCAGCGUACUAGCACUCGAUAUCGACAGUACAGCGGAAUUUGUCGGCAGUGCAGGUAUGGAUGGUCUGGUUUCGGUUUCCUCUCUCUCCUCCUCAGAAGCAUAUAUUUUUGACUUCAAACGUGUCAUGCGUAGCAUCAGUCUAGAGCCUUCGUUUGGCCGUCGCAGCACUCGCUCAUUUGUAUGUGGUGGAAUGUCGGGACAAUUGGUGAUGCGAGAGAAGAGCUGGUUCGGACAUCGAGAAGUGAUUCUACAUGAAGGAGAAGGUCCUAUCUGGACAACCAAAUGGCGUGGAAAUUUCGUAGCAUGGACGAAUGAUAAAGGAGUGCGAAUAUAUGAUAUCGCAAACAAGCAAAGAAUCACCUUUAUUUCGCCUCCCGAAGAUAAGCCACGAGCAGAUUUGUUCCGCUGCACGCUAUAUUGGCAAGAUGACGAUACGUUGAUCAUCGCUUGGGGCGAUACAAUCAAGGUAGCAAAAAUUCGCAGAAAAGAUACAAAUGGCACAAAAGCCGGAGCAUCGGCAAUCUUACCAGCUUCUGGUGCCAAAGCAACAGUUGAAAUCACUGCCAUCUUGCAAUUAGACUGCAUGAUCAGUGGAAUAGCACCGCGAGGGAAAGACUUUCUUGUGCUAGCGUACAUCACCGAUGAGGAUUAUGGUGAAGAUUCUUCGGUGGACUCGCACAGACGAAGAGAUGGACAAAGACCGGAACUUCGAUUGAUAAGCGAUGAAGGAGAAGAGCUGAGUAGCGAUAUCUUGAGCCUUCAAAGCUUUGCAAGAUUUCAAUGUAACGACUACCUCUUGGUCCCAUCGGCAGAUGCGGUCUUGAAUGGAGCAAACGCAAUCGCAAAGACUCAAGCGCACAAACCACUCGAUCCGAGCAUAGAAGAGCAAGGUAACUACUACUAUGUCGUCAGCCCCAAAGACAUCGUCAUAGCUCGGUCACGAGAUCAGAAAGAUCAUCUAGAUUGGCUCAUCCAACACAAGUACUAUCAAGAAGCACUGGACACUAUCCACACCAUGGGCAUUCCGAAGGCAUUAUCAAUGGGCUUUGAUGCUAAUGAAAUUGGUGGAAAGUACAUCACCUACCUCAUUCGUGACAAGCAGGACUGGUCAAAGGCUGCAUCAAUCGUGCCUGGCAUUCUGAAAGAAAACGUUCAAGCUUGGGAAGAUGUUGUUUUUGCGUUUGCGGAGAAGAACAGCUUGCCCUACUUAAUACAUCAAAUCCCAGUUGAGAAGCCUACACUAAACUCGGUGGUAUAUGAUAUGAUCCUCGCUCACUUGUUACGACACAACAUCGACUCCCUUCUUGAGACGAUUCGUACUUGGCCUGUUGAGAUUUAUAGUACACAGGCAGUCGUGCUGGCCAUCGAAGAUCGCUUGAACAAUCACGGAAGAGAAGGAGACGAAAAAGAAGUGCAAGCUCAACCCAACUCGGAUGAACGUUUGUUGAUGGAGUGUUUGGCAGAGAUUCACUUGAAAAAUCGACAACCUGGAAAAGCAUUGCCAUACUAUUUACGCCUUCGUAAACCAGGUGUCUUCGAUCUGAUUCGAGAUCACAACUUGUUCAAUGUCAUUCAGGAUCAAGCUUUGCUUCUCGUCGAAUUCGAACAGGACCUUUUGAAGCGAUCAUUACCUGCAGAGGAUAAGCAACAAAGUUUGAUCCAUCAGAAGUGGCGGUCAAUCGAACUUUUGGUCGAUCACACACACAGUAUACCCAUUCACCGUGUUGUGCCUCAACUACAAGAACAUCAUCUAUACCUUUUCCUCUACCUUGAUGCCCUUUUUGAUCGUGAUCCUCAAUUGGUGGCCUCUUAUUCAGACUUACAAGUUGAUCUCUAUGCCGAAUUCGCUUAUCAAAAGUUGAUGGCUUACUUGCGUACGAUGAGCAGUCACUAUUCGUUCGAAAAGGCAUACAAUACUUGCAAAUCACUCGAUUACGUGCCCGAGAUGGUAUUCCUGCUCAGUCGAAUUGGUGAUAAAAAGACGGCAUUGACGUUGAUUAUCGAACGUUUAGGUGAUGUGGAAAGAGCGAUUGCAUUUGUCAAAGAAGAGAAAGAUCCUGAAUUGUGGGACAAUUUGGUCCAUUAUUCCGAAGAUAAACCGAAGUUCAUCCGUGGCUUGCUGGAGAAUGUCGGCGGAGAAGUGGAUGCUGUCAAAUUGAUUCGAAGAAUCAAAGAUGGAUUACAUAUCGAAGGCUUACGUGACGCCCUUAUCAAAAUUCUGGGUGAUUUCAAUUUGCAGAUUUCACUCUUGGAAGGAUGUGCGACGAUUUUGACUCACGAUGGACGAUCGUAUGCGCAAUUCCUUGAUCGUGCCCAGACUGAAGGUUUAUAUGGUGAUGGCGAUGUACGAUGCAGCACUUGUGGUGAACGACUCUUGUCGCGAUCUACUGAAGGUGCGGUUGCAGUCACCGGCCAAGAUUCUUCUCCAGCUGGAAAUGAAGAAGACGGGCGAACGAAUGCCAUCUUCUUCCUCUGUAGACAUGCUCACCAUUUAUCAUGUUUGAUAUCAAAUCCAUCAUCGAUCCCCAAAAGAAGUACCGCCAAGAAGGGCACGGCAAGCGAUACAGGUCUUUUGGUCACAAUGACUACAACGAGAGCCGCGGCAACAGGUCAGCUACAAUCUGCUGGUGCUUAUGGACCGAUGCAGAGAGCACAUCAACGAAAAGCUCAAGUACAAGAAAAAGUUCUUUAUCAAAAUCGACUUCGAGUCGUGCUAAAGAAAGGUUGUCCAAUCUGUAGAGCAGAUCGAGAACAAUUUCGACUCUAAUAAUAAAUCAUUAACUCACAUUUGUAUACUAUAUACCUUAUCAUUCAAUGCACAAUCGCAGCUUCUAAUACGAUUCAUU